AUGAUUAUGUUGUUGAGAUUCUGUUUUCUGCCAAUUAUGACUUUUGGUUUGAUGUGUAUUAACUCGACGAGUUAUAAAGAUCGAUUGUUGAUUGCACCAAAAUCAUCGGUUUGCGCAUCGGAUUGGUCACUUUGUAUGAAAACUGUACAGAUCAGCACGAGUGAAAGUGAGUUAGAGCUUUGAGAUAAUUUUUAAAAAAUUUGUUGAUCUGAUAUUUUUUGCAAUAAUUUGUAUACGAUUUUCUUUCCAAAACAGAUGUUCUGAUAAAAAAUAAUUCGCAACUUUGGAAGAAAAGUCGAUUAAUUUUCAGAUAUGAGUUGUUUUUGUGAAACUAUCGGUAACGGGAAAUUAGGAUUUGAAGUGGUCUAAUUGAGAAAUCGAAAAAAUACAAGUUGGCUGAAAAUUUUUUAACUGAUAAAAUUUUUUCAAUGACUAAAACUGCUAACAAUUCCACAGUAUCCUAGAAUGACGAAAAAACUAUAAACACUUUAUAGCAAAUAACAAUUGUUGUUAAAUUGAUCGUAUAAAUAUUUUUAUAGCAAGAUUUCUUGCAUUGCAAAUUUCGGCCAAAGUACAAAUUUGAAAGUUUCCUUCAAAAACAAAAAUAAAUAGAAAUUGAUUUGGAAUUCAGAAAAAUUCACACAGUGUUUUUCGAAGAAAAAACCAAUUAUUGAAACAAUUUAGACGGCCUUCCCGAAGUUCUUUCAAUACAUCGAGAAUGUUAUGAAUUAAAACCGAUCACAAUCACAAAUGAUUGUAUAGACUCAUAUGUUGGAAAUGAGCCAAGAAGAACAGGUUUGAUAGAAAAACUUUGAGAAAGUUCGAAUAAAAACUUUAUUACAGGACCUCAUCUCAUCACUUGUUAUUGUUCUUCAAAUUUAUGUAAUUUCUGA